AUGCCCACGCAAGCCACAGACGUGAUGCACCAGUCCAAAAGUCAACCGCGAGGCCGGAAAUCGGCUGGCCUUAUGCAGGGACAGAAAAGCGUAUUCCGGGUUCCAAACUACAAAUCACAAAAGGACCUAACGCAUGGACCCGAGGAACCAAGCAGGGAGAAGGUCUACCAUGCCCGCCGGCCUCAUCGGAAAUCCCGGGGUGGCUGCUCCAAUUGUAAGCAGCGCCGUGUCAAGUGUGACGAAGCCAAACCCACCUGUCUCCGAUGUCAGAAGCAUGGCGUUGACUGCGACUACACGGCCCGGCCUGUUCGCCCGUGGCCCUCCAAGAAUAUCAUCUCGCAAUUCAUUGAAUCACAGCCUGAUCUGCUUUCUGUCGACUCCUUGUCUUCAUCCAUGUCUCUGUUGCUUGUUGCUGACAAACUGGAUGAGCUGUUGCGCUCUGGUGCGGGUGCUGGGCGCCGGCCCAAAGUACGGACUGACACACCAUUGGUCCUACAGGCCUUGCAGCACUUUCAUAAUACUACGAUCAGUACCGACAGCGCCAAAAAGACCAUGGCUGUCAUGAUGGGAAAGGUGACUGAGCUCGCAUUCCAAACCCCAUUCCUUAUGCACGCCAUUAUUGCGGUAUCAACAACCCAUCUUUGCAGUGUGCUCCCGGAUACCACCGCCUACCGGGUCGCCGAAGCGCACCACUGGCAACAGGCCAUCAACCAAUACUCGCGCGAGGUCGGCACGAGCGUCAACCAAAACAACAUGGACCAGCUGUUCUCAACCUGCAUGCUCCUUUCAGUGCACUCAUUCCUCCUCGAAGAGUUCAACCCGCGCGCAUCCUUCGUCUUCUCCGACGACCCCACAACCCUCAACUGGCUCUUCCUCCAGGGCGGACUCCGCUACCUCCUGGAGCGCGUAACCAUGUGGCUACCCACCAGCAUGUGGUGGGCCUCCUUCGCCGAGGCCCACGACCCCAACAUCGACUUCGAAGACGCCCGGCCCGGCCGCAUCGACCUGGACCCGGACUUCGCGGACCUGUGCCGCAUCGACGAGUCGUCCACCGUCAACUCCAACCCUUACCUGUGGCCGCUGCGCAUGCUGACCCCGCUACUGAAACUCGAGCGCUCGCCGGUGAGUUUCCAGAAAUAUAACACCUGGAUGGGCCGUCUGGAGCCGCCUUACUAUGACUGCCUAUUGCUCAAGGACCCGCCUGCGCUCGUUUUGCUGGCCUGGUGGCUCUCGCUCAUGGCCUCUGUUGACAAGUGGUGGGUCGAUACUCGUGUUCGUUCGGAAUGUACGGCCAUCUGUAUGCGUCUUGAGGAUAGCGAGGAUCCACUUGUGUUGCGGCUGCUGGAGUUCCCCGCGCAGACGUGUGGCUAUUUGCUGCGCCAUGUGCAGGAGCGAGUUGCUUUUGAGUCUUGCGCGGAUCUCUUGUCGAUUUCUUGA